UUGUACGUAUAACAUAUAACAUUUUAUUGUGUUAUUACAUUAUAAGAAGAAUAUUUUAUAUACAUUUUAAUGAAUAAUGUUUGAAAAUGAGAGACUAUUAUCUCUAUUAACGUGUUAAUAGGUAUUUCAAGAAGAUAAUCUCAUCUUUUUAUAAUUGAAGAAAUUGUUCUGAUUUAAAACAAAAAAAUGAGGGUCAGUCUUGCUUAUUUUAAAGGACGACUUCCCCAAUCUGAAGCUAAGGUUCCAUAUAACGUUGCAGAAGAACUAUCAUUAAAGAAUUAUGUAAGAUGUAAAUCUGUUGGGGUUACAGAAAAGGGUUGUUUACACGAAUUGUCAGUACUUUUAACAUGCCUCAGAGAAAAUGAGUUUGAUAAUUUCAAUUGUUCAAAGGAACUUACAUCUUUUGAAAAUUGUAGUAAAAGAUUUGCUAAAUUAUCUGCAGACUUGAAAGCUUCGCACUCCAAAUCUGUGCCUGAUCCUAAUUCCAAAGUUUUUUCUUCGAAACAGAUAAGUUAUUUAUUAAAAUUAUAUCCUACACGAUAAUCAAUUAUAUUUAUAUGUUCAUUAAUUGAUUAAUUAAUUAUAGAAUAAAAGCUUAGAGAUAAAUCAAGAUAUAUACAUUUUUAUGUAUAUUCAAUAAUUAUUUCUAAUGUCUGUGUGUGUUCACAGUGUCAAAUACAUUUCUCAUAUAAGAAUCCUCUCUCUUUCUUUAAUGAGCAUACGUCAUAUACGCAUUCUCUUUCAUUCGAUACUUGAUAUCUUAAACAAAACAUCUUUCCUGAUAUAUUUUUGACUUUCAUCCUUUGUUUUGUCAUCGGUCGCUUACAUCAUACACUCUUUGUCGUUUGUUUCUUUUCUUUUCUUAAACUCGUAUUCAACUAGCGACCACUAAACCCUCAAAUAUUCUCUCCCACACAUAUGUACCCUUAUAACAUAAUACUCAGCUUUCUUUCAUAUAGCCUACACUAAGCAUAUUCAGUUGUCCAUAAGCAUUCAUACAGUCCACAUCAAGCAAUUGUAUCAUAGUCCACAAGACUUAAUAAUAAAAAAUCAUAGUAGA